AUGUCUUCUGGUAUACAGAAUCGAACAUUUGAAUUUCAGCAAUGUGUCACCACGUUUGACAAGUUAAAUAAAAAGAACAACGUUGGCAGUCAUGAUAAUAAACCACAGCAGCUCGGACGACCGAAGCGAUCACAGUUGACUCAACAGGCCAGCAUCAUAGCGAAAGAUAUAUCCCAUGUCACGGCACUUUUAAGCAAGCUUGCAUUAUUAGCCAAAAGAAAGCCACUCUUUGACGACAAACCUAUCGAAGUAAAUGAACUAACCUACGUCAUAAAACAAGAGAUUUUCAAAAUAGAACAAAGUAUUACGAAUCUAAGAAAGUUUAUAAAUGGCGAAACAAGCAUUCAAGUGGACUCUCAAAUAUCCCAGUAUUCUAAAAAUUUGCUAAAUUUAUUAAAUUCAAAGAUGAAGAAUGUGUCUGGAGAGUUUAAAAAUGUUUUAGAAAUUAGACAAAAGAAUGAGAUUUUAAAUAAAUCAAGGACAGAAAAUUUUCUAUCUGCAGCAACUAAUUCCAACCACAGAUCCAAUACCCAAUCACCACUUAAUCAAACCAAAGAUCAGUUGAAUAAUCUUGCGGAAAAUCCCUACUUAUUAAGCGCACAGAGGGCAGAGUCUCCUUUGCCUUACGACCCCGAUAGAGAUCCUAAUAUUUCUGCCCCAUAUGACAAUAAUGGAGGUGAAUAUUUGUCAAUUCCUAACCAAACUCAACAGAUGUUACUCAUGGAGAAUCAGGGGCAGGAAUAUUUACAGCAGAGAAAUAGGGCCGUGGAGACGAUAGAGUCAACCAUAAAUGAAGUUGGUAACUUAUUCCAGCAACUCGCAACUAUGGUUAGUGAGCAAGGGGAAACUAUUCAAAGAAUUGACCAAAAUGUAGAUGAUAUUAAUCUCAACAUAUCUGGAGCUCAAAGAGAAUUGCUAAAGUAUUAUGCAAACAUCACAAGAAAUAGAUGGCUAUUUUUGAAAAUUUUUGGUGUUCUUGUUAUAUUCUUCUUGAUUUGGGUCUUAGUAAGUUAG